CCGCCCCUCUCUCUCUCUCUUAGCACAUAUUGUUCCUAAAUCUCCAUUGCUAAAUCUUGAUCUAUCUCGAACUGAUUUGUAACUCUAUUUUAGGGUUCGAAGUGGAAAAUGAAACCAAUUCGUAAGCUCAAGAACCCACUUCAACCUCCAAUUUCUAAGCUGACUUUAGCAGAAGUGAUCGGUCUGACGACCAAGAACAAAAAUGGGUUGGCUUCAAACAUUUCAACUUCGAGUUACGCUUACAUUGCAGGAUGUGUUGUCAUCAUUCUCAACACAGAUUCCUCCAAGAAGUCCCAUCUUGUGGUGCCUGACAGAAUACCGAAGCCUUUCAGUUGUCUUGCUGUCUCAGAUGAUGGGAAGUUUGUUGCUGCUGGAGAGUCAGGAAAUCUUCCGUCAGUGCUGAUAUGGGACAUGGUAAAUUUGUCGUUCUUAUCAGAACUACAAGGGCAUCAGUAUGGGGUAUCAUGCAUGGCCUUUUCUCCUGAUGGGAAACUUCUAGCUUCUGUUGGGUUUCCUAAUGAUGGAUACAUUUGUGUAUGGGAUUGGAAAGCAGGAAUAUUAGUUUCAAAGCUCAAAGCAUGUUCUUCAGGUUCCUCUGUUAAAUCAGUUUUCUUCUCAGAUUCCGGAUUCAUUGUGACAGCUGGGAGAAAGCACUUGAAGCUUUGGACUAUAAGAGCAUCUAGAAGUAUCGGUGCAAACUCUAGGGCCACAACCACAAGAAUGCAUGGCAAAUCUAUUAAUCUCCAUGGUCAGAAAGAAUGCAGUUUUGUGGCUGCUUUAUCCCCCAUUCUGGCAAGUAAACGUUUCAUGAGAACUUACAAGGAUGGUGAAGGUUUUCCCUUCUAUGCAUUGACUGAUUCAGGUAUACUAUACCUUAUAAAUUCUGGUUCUUCAAUAAAAGAUUCAGUGGACCUGAAGGUUGAGAAGGCUUUUUCCCUAUCUGUAUCGGAUAAAUUGAUUGCAUGUGCAUGCAACAAUGGAGUUGUAAAGCUCCUCACCAUUGGCUCACUGAAGUAUGCUGGAAUUUUACGAUAUGCUGACACCAAGCAAAUGAACAAGGACCACAACAUGAAUUGUCACAGAGAAGGCAGUGAAGUGGUUUAUCCGUCAUUUCCCUUGCUCCCUGAUGCAGUUGCUUGUGAAUUCACUAUUGAGCAAAAGUUAGUGGUUGUGUAUGGAGAUCACAGUCUCCACAUCUGGAAUAUUCAUAAUGUAGACCAGGUUUCCAGACUAUGUGUUCUUGUUUCACAUGCUGCAUGCAUUUGGGACAUUAAGAACCUUCCAUGUGAAUUUAUGCCUCUCCCAUCUCUUGCACCGGUUGUUUCUUUUGCAACAUGUUCAGAAGAUGGUUCUGUAAGGUUGUGGGAUAUAGCUCUUCAUCCUGAUAGAUCAGAGGUUAAGGUAGAUCAGACCACAUGCCAUGGGUCUGUAGAGGAUGAUAUGUCUGGUACUGUAAGUUUCGUAAAUGCUGACCUCUUUGAUCAGAAAACUCUGGAGCUAAGCAUCAAUAAUCCUGGGUUACAGUGUAUGACAGUUAGUCCAGAUGGAAAGCUUUUGAUUGCUGGUGAUUGCAAGGGAAAUCUCCAUGUCUUUAAUCUCUUGACUUCUGACUAUACAUGUCUUCAGCAUGUACAUGAUGCAGAGGUAUUGUCACUAAGCUUUAACAUGUCAGCCAAGGAAAUAUCAUUUGGAGAGAUUUCUGGGAGCCAUUAUUUGCUUGCUUCAAGUGGAAAGGAUUGCAAGAUUCAUCUCUAUGAUGUCAAAAGGAACUUUGCUCUCAUAGGAAGAAUUGAUGAUCAUUCAGCUGCCGUUACUUCUGUUAAACUCUCUGGUGAUGGCUCUAAGAUUCUAAGUUGUAGUGCUGAUAGGACUGUGAUGCUCCAUGACAUUUCUAUAAAAGGUCUCACUUGUCAGAUUGCUCGAUCUUCACAUCAAAUUGCAUCAUGUGGAACCAUUUAUGGUAUUGCUAUAGAUCCUAUGAUGGAGGUUGCUGUGACAAUCGAGAAGGAUAACAACAUUAACUCAUACUGCAUUGCAACUGGUAAACUUAUUCGAUCAUUCAAGCAAAAGGGAGAUCAUGGUGACCCAGUAAAGAUAGAAAUGGACCCAAGCUGCAGUUAUCUGGUCUGUUCUUAUUCUAAUAGAACCAUCUACAUAAUAGACUUCAUUAAUGGUGAAGUGAUAGCAGAAGCUGUUGGAUAUGGGGAACCUACAAAUGCCAUCAUUGCCCUACCUGACUGUCGGCACAUAGUUUCUGUUGAUGGCGAUGGAUGUAUCUUUAUAUGGAGACUUCCUGAACUCUUAUCAUCUAAGAUGCUGCAGAAAAUUGAGCAAAAUUGCAGGUUAUUUUCCCGAACAGAUGUCCAACAAGUACUCACACGACAAACUAAGUUUCAUGAAGUUGAUUGCCAGAAAAACAGUAUUAGCACCGUAGAGUUAAAAGAACUGGAAAUAUCCAAAAAUAGUCCAAGACUGCUUUAUCAGGAGGGUGCUCUUUCGGCGACUUCAUGGUUUAAGUUUAGUAUGUCCAGACUUCCGAAAUGGGCACAAGAAAAAGUUAGUAGUCCUAGGAUUAUUCGUGUGGAUUCUGAAUAUACAAGGUUCCAGCAAGAUGGAUGCAAAGGUUUAUCCCUCUUGGCGGGUAAAGUGCAUGGAUGGAAUAUUGAAGACCCUGAAGUUCAAACUCCUUCUAAGAGUGAUCCUAGUUGCGGCCAUUCAAUCGACAACAUUUCUAUGUAUUCAUCUGAUGCUGACAGAAAUCAGAGUUCCACUAAACGACAGGAAUCUAGUAGGAACUUCAUGUUGGAUAAUCGUUGGUUGACAGUUCAUACUGUCUGUUUGGAUCUACUAUCACCAGAAGUUUGGGAUGUGAAGCACACGAAUUUACCAAGAGCGUUUCCAAGACUGUCUUAUUCCCCAAUAGAUAAUACUGAGAUUGAUAAUCUUGGAAUAAAAAGCUUAGGGGAGUCUCCAUUCAAGUCAUCCACUGAAAAGUGUACUACUCUGAUCCACAACCAUGAUCAAAAUGGUGUUGAUGAUAUGCAUACCUCCACCAAGGAAUCAUUGUUAAAGGAAGAUAUAUUAGUGAAGUGCAAAGAAGAAUUAAGAAAUUUGGAAGCUGCAGCUAACACAACAUUCGCAAUGUUCUCUAAGCUUGGAACUAAUUCUUCUCUAGGACAUCAUGAUGUGAUCACGGUUCAACCCUCAGUGAAUCAGUUUUAUAACGAGACCACUAAGGUCCUAUCCUCCAUAGCAAUGAAAGUGCGUGAAAUAGCUAAUCUGGUUCAAUCUAGCGAGAAGCUUUAUAAUUCCACCACUGAAUUCGACAUUUCUACUUCCGAGCCUCUGCUGGGGAUAUUGGCUGAGAACCUCUCUCAAUGAGUUAUUGAAAUACUAAAGAAAAAUUGUGGUUGACUAGACUUGCGUGAAAGCAGUUUUGCAACAUCAAAUUUCUACCUAAGUUAGGCUGGAAAAGUGGCUCAAAGAUGGGUGAAGAAAGCCCAGAUCAUUUUCUUGAUGGUACAUUCUGCCCUGAAUUGAUUUGUAUACAAUAGUUUGGUAGUAACUUCUCUGCAGAUUUCUGCUAACUUUGCUUGUAUGACCCUACUUGUCAAAUAGUUAAAUUAGCUUUCAUCAGAUGGUUGAUCCAGAAUAAAAUGGUAAAAACUCUUUUUCUUAUAAAAUAAAUAUAAUACAUAAUACUGGAGCACUGAA